AUGUUUAAUCGCACGCUUCUCCGCUACGGGAAGCUCGCCGUGGGAUUUGCCACCGCCGUCUUCCUCGUCCUCUUCUUCCACUAUGCGAAUUUCGAGGCCUACGGCUUCGGCGAGCCGGCUAGCGCCCUCGAGGUAACGCUCCACCCAGGAGCACCGCCCGCGCCCAACGCCUGGGGCGGCGUCGAGGGGACCCAUCCCGCCCGCUUCCGCAACGACUCCUACGACCCCGACAUCCCCCACAUCGUGCACUUUGUCUACCUGCUGCAGGACGGCGUGCGCGACUUCAAAUUCGAGUUCAAGGAGGCCCUCGCCGUGUACUCGGCCGCCGUCUUCACCGACCCGGACGUCAUCUAUCUCCACACCAACGCCGACGACGCCGCCAUCGAGCGCGCCCGCUCGGGGCAGCUGGGCAAGUGGAACUCGGUCAUCCUCAACGCGCCCCAGCUCGUGACCCGACGCCACAAGAGCGACUUUGUCCGCGUCGCCGCCCUCGAGGAGUUUGGCGGCAUCUACCUCGACGUGGAUGCGAUCCCGCUCCGCGAUCUCCGGCCCCUCUUGUCCAAGGGGUACAAUGCGGUGGUGGGAAAGCAGGCCGACGAUGACAUCAUGAGCGGCAACUUCAUCGGCAAGGCGCACUGCGCUUUCUUUACCCAGUGGAAGGAGCAGAUGCACCAGGUGUUUAAUCAAGAGUGGAUUCGUCAUUCCAACCAUUUGAUGGCAGAGUUGGCAGGACCGCUGUCCAAGCUCGACCACGAGAUCCUUGUCUUGGACUACCAUGCCAUGGGCCCCAUCCAUUGGAACGGUUUCGGAACGCAAGCACUGUACCGGGUGCAUUACGACGUCGAAUCGAAUCUCGAGGGCUUGUCGGACGGGGCCCCGCUCAAAGCCUUUGACGAUAAUUCUGGCGCCCUCCGCGAGGGCUUCCGUCGUGGCAAAAGGAUUAUUCGAAUACCUGGAUCCUCCACUCCUGGCGUGAAAAGCGGAACCUCCUCCUACCCCAAGGCUUCAGUCACGGCUGUUUACCACAUCGCAAAGCACAUGUACGACCGCGGCUUCUUCUCCUUUGAUGACCCGUGGAGAUAUUCAGUGGCUGAGGUGUGA